GAGCUGCAGCGCCGCCGUCACCAAACAAACCCUCCGCGUCUGUGCGCUCCUUAGAAAUAGAUGACCGGGCGGCGGAGUCAGACUGCGGGGAGAUGAACCACGCUGCGGGUCUGAGAGCUGCAGACGAGCCGAGCACCGCCGUUCAUCCCUCCUCUUCCUCCUCCUCCUCCGCGGGUCUCCUUCUCUCUCUGCGGGACGGGACGCAGCGUCCGGGAUCAUGUUGUUUUCUCCGAGCGCUGCGUUAUUAUCGCCUCAUUGGGUCGCUGCUGAGUGAAAGAGAAAGUCCACACUGGAUCUGAAGAAUUUCUUUUUUUAAUUAUUGUUUUAUAUUUGUAAGAUAUUUGCAUGGUUUUCUGUCUGGUUCAGUUCGCUUUGGAUUAUCGCUGCGAGGAGAUAUGCUGGUUUUAUUCCUGAUCAGUCUGGCCGUGUUGUCAAACGCAGGUGUUGGGGUGGGGGUGUUUCGAGCCGGUGUGGCUCCCCGCUGUGAGAGCAGGGCCUGCAACCCCCGCAUGGGAAACCUCGCUCUGGGUCGGCGGGUUCUGACUCAAUCUGUCUGCGGAAACAAUGGAACAGAGCUGUACUGCUCCUACGCUGAACCCAACGCCAACCCGGCCUGCAGCGCCCCCAAAUGCUCCAAAUGCAACGCCGCGCUGCCUUUCCUGUCCCACCUGGCCGGUGCCAUGUCCGACUCGUCCUUCCGCCACCCCAACACCUGGUGGCAGUCUGCGGAAGGCGUGGAGUCCGAGAUGGUCCAGCUGGACCUUGAGACGGAGUUCUACUUUACCCACCUCAUCCUCGUGUUUCGCUCACCCCGGCCUGCCGCCAUGACCCUGGAGCGCUCGCAGGACUUUGGCCGAACGUGGAGGAUGUUGCAGUACUAUGCCAGUAACUGCAGCGCCACCUUUGGGCUAGAGGAAGGAAAAUCAGGCGGAGGCCGGGAUGGAGCCGGCUGCACCUCUAAGUACUCUGGAGCUUAUCCCUGCAGCCGAGGGGAGGUGAUUUAUCGAACCCUCCCAAAGUGGCAGUUGCUGGAUCCGUUCGGUUUGGAGGGCCAGCAGCAGCUGAGGGUGACCAACAUCCGAAUUCGGCUGCUGAAGCACCAGUCGUGCCCCUGCCAGGUCAAAGCUCUCGCCUCUACAAGGAAACCUCUUCCUGUUCAACACUUUGCCAUCUACGACCUGAUAGUGAAAGGAAGCUGCUUCUGCAACGGCCACGCCGAGCAGUGCGUCCCUGCGCCGAAAUACCAGCCCACCAGAGACCGCACCAACCACGUGGUUCAUGGGAAAUGCGUGUGCAGACACAACACUGCAGGAGAUCACUGUGAACGCUGCGCUCCUCUUCACAACGACCGACCCUGGCAGCCCGCCGACGGACUGACGGGAGCGCCGCACGAAUGUCGCAAGUGUAAGUGUAACGGACACGCUCAGAGCUGCCGUUUCGAUUGGACGGCGUGGAGCGACUCCGGCCAGCGAAGCGGAGGCGUCUGCAACUGUCUGCACAACACUGAGGGGCGUCAGUGUGAGAAAUGCAAAGCUGGCUUCUUCAGAGACCCACAGCGGCCUCACGCGGCUCCAGACUCAUGCAAACCAUGCAGCUGUCACCCAAUGGGCUCCAUGCCUUUUCACGUCACCGAUGGCUCUCUGUGCGACCCUUCCAACGGAAACUGCAUUUGCAAACCUGGCGUCGGCGGAGCACAGUGCGACAGGUGCAUGGUGGGAUACUGGGGCUUCCAUGAGUACGGCUGUCGCCCAUGUGACUGUGCAGGAGACUGUGACCCGUUUACUGGGGACUGCAUGUAUGGCUCUGAUCUGGAAAUAUACAGCCUGGAUGGAAACUCAAGUGAACCAGUCAGGAUCUUCAGCCCACAUGAACUAUUUUCUGCUCUCCACUACUCAGAGAAGUGUGAGUGCAAAGAGCAAACGCUGACCAACAGUAAACUCUUCUGCACCAUGAGCUAUGCAUAUGUGCUAAAGGUGAAAGUGCUGUCGGCCCACGAUAAAGGCUCCCACGCCGAGGUAGAGGCCAAAGUUCAAAAGGUCCUCAGCCACAACACCAAGCUGAAGAUACAGAGAGGUCAGGUCACGCUUUACCCCGAGUCCUGGACAACGCGGGGCUGCACCUGCCCCAUCCUUAAUCCAGGUGUGGAGUACUUGGUGGCGGGUCACUUGGACCGUAAGCAGGGUCGACUCCUGGUCAACAUGAAGAGCUUUGUUAAGCCGUGGAAGGCCAGUUUGGGUCGCAAAGUCCUCACACUGCUAAAAAAAGACUGCAACUGGUAGACGGAAACGGAGCGGAGAGUUUCUAGUUUCCUGCUGUUGGAGCAGCUUUUGAGGGACUGAACUGCGAUGAACGAAUCCCUUAAUCUCUCUGCUGUUGCCUACCGACAGCAUACCACCACUGCUGGAGGUAUUUUUAUUAAGAAAUGUCUCCCUUGCACCUGUGCAAACUUCCUCUUGCGUGAUUAUGUUCGAGUACAAGCGGAUUUCACCGGAAGCGCAGAACUGCUCUUCCUGCUCUGCAGCACUUUAGCCUAAGAUGGACCAAGCCAACGAGGACGCACUAAAGAAAGGAGGAGAAGAAGAAGCGCCUGGAGUGAACGCAGCAUCGUGGAAUGACGCCAAGCAAGCCAUAAAAACCACAACAGGUGCUUAAAUCCUCGCCAGUCCAGGUGUGUCUGUGAUGAAAUCAGAGCAAAUGGAAACCUGAAUGUAUUUCCCCCCGGCUGUGGCUGAGUGAGGCUCAGUCCAUCGCCAACGUUUUAGGUUAUAAACCCACUAACGUUUCAUUGCAGCAUAAUGUAAUUUAUUUCAUAUUAAUACGCCCUUUUGGACUCAAAAUGCUCUUAUUCUUCCCUCCUUUGUGCCCAUGUACAGUAUUAUUUGUAUAUAUCUCUAUAAAUAUUGUCGCCCACCUCUUUGUUUUUUGUUUAUGGUAAAAUUAAAGGAUAAAUCCAGCCUAUUA